CGAGCCACACUUGACCGGACCAAGCCUGACCAGACCAGACCCGAACAUCCACCCCCACGAGGUCGAAUCUCCUUUUAUCUUUGGGAGAAGAUGCAGCGCGAAUCCCCUCCUCGUCUCUUCGCGAACGAACCGCACUGCUGCGGAUCCCCCAUGCUCCGCCGCGAGACCCGCAAAACGAACAACGGCAACCUGCACCGGCCCUUCUACAGAUGCGACGAUUGCGAAUAUAUGGUGUUUGACGAUUGGGAGGGCAUCCGGGUCGGGAACCCGGAAUGUGCCUGCAUGCCCGCGAAAAUCUCCCGAGGACAGAUAGAGCAAGGCAAGGCUUACGUCUUCCGCUGUGCGAGGGGCGAAUGUGAUUUCAAAGAGGUAGUGCGAGGAUGAUGCCGGGGCGGCGGCAGCGAUGGGUUCUGUGGUGGUGCUCUGAAAGCUGAUGCCAAUUCUAUGGAGCGUUUUGGAGGAAGGGCCCCAUUGGGUUCAGAACGUGCCAAGUAGAUUGGA